AUCUGCAAUAAAUAUAGAAUGACGUUUAUAGAGGGCGACACUAGCAUGAGGAAAUAAUUCGAAUGGUUUUUAACUGACAAUGUUGACGAUUCAUCGUUUAAUGUGUCAAUUGUGAAUUCAAAUGUAAAAUUUGUUUAAAAUUUGCAAUAUAUUUAAAUAUUAGCAAUAGUAUUACGUUGUAUACUAGUAUUAGAAUUAAAUUGUUGGUAAUAUAUAAGAAUAAAGAAGAUGCAGAAAGAGCAACCUGAAGCAUCACAGGCACGUCGUAUUAAAAGAACACGUAAUGCUUCUACACCUGAACGAGUUAGAAAGAACAUAUUGGAUACUCCAAUAUCCAGCAUUCAUUCACGUGGCCCUCAUCAUAGAGCAACAAUGUCAUCAGCAGAUUUUGCUAUACCACAAAGUUUUGCAAAAAGAAAGCUAGCAAUGGAUAGAUCAUCUAUAGUCCCUGCACCAUCAAUUUUGGAAGCAAGUAAAUUGUCAGACACCGAGUCCAGUGAUGUAGAGCUUAAACUUCUUUAUGAUGAGUAUUUACAGAAGAUUAUGAUGGAAAUAAUUUUGAAAAAGAAAGCAGAAGAAAGAGAGCAGUUGUUUCUAUCUCAAUUAGCAACGAUAGCAAAGGAAUACGAUCACAACGAAGAAAAAUUGUUUAAGUUAAAAACUAGAGAGAGGGAUAUAAUAAAUUUGACCAAAAUACAGAAUAACAUUGAUGCACAAAUUACAGAUAUAAAUAAUUGUAUCAAAAGUGAAGAUACUAAAAUAUUAGGAGAUAUUUUAUCUCAGUUGCAUAGCCUUUUACAACCUUUGGAUAAACUUCGUUGCAAUGAUAUAAUUCUUCCUGAAACACCAGAAGAAUGGGAAGAAACAACUGAAGCUUUGAAAUCUUGUUCUGUUACUUUAGAAUCAAUCAUGAAUGUAAUUGGAACAAAAAAAGAAUCAUAUCAAAGUGUCAAUAAUGGUAUUAAAGAAUUUGUCAGUACUUUCAAUAAUAUUGAGGAUCACAUAAAAAGGUUGGAAAAAGAACUUUGUAGUUUAGAAUCCCUUGUUCUGAGAAGUGCAUCACUAUCCUUAAUGCAAAGUGAUAAUUAAAUAUUAAGUUUCAAUUUUGAAUGUAUACG